UCAGCACAAAUCGAAGUGAUACCAUGCAAAAUUUGUGGCGAUAAGUCCUCCGGGAUCCACUACGGAGUCAUCACCUGUGAAGGCUGCAAGGGAUUCUUUAGGAGGAGCCAGCAGAACAAUGCCUCUUACUCCUGCCCACGGCAGAGAAACUGUUUAAUUGACAGAACCAACAGAAACCGUUGCCAACACUGCCGACUGCAGAAGUGUCUUGCCCUAGGAAUGUCAAGAGAUGCUGUGAAGUUUGGGAGGAUGUCCAAGAAGCAAAGGGACAGCCUGUAUGCAGAGGUGCAGAAGCACCAGCAGAGGCUGCAGGAACAGCGGCAGCAGCAGAGUGGGGAGGCAGAAGCCCUCGUCAGGGUGUAUAACAGCAGCAUCAGCAACAGCCUGAGCAACCUGAACAACGAGACCAGCAGCACUUAUGCCAAUGGGCACAUCAUUGACCUGCCCAAGUCCGAGGGCUAUUACAGCGUGGAUUCAGGCCAGCCAUCCCCCGAUCAGUCAGGACUUGACAUAACUGGAAUCAAACAGAUAAAGCAAGAACCUAUCUAUGACCUCACAUCCGUCCCCAACUUGUUUACCUACAGCCCUUUCAACAACGGGCAGUUAGCACCAGGAAUAACAAUGACUGAAAUCGAUCGAAUUGCACAGAACAUCAUUAAGUCCCAUUUGGAGACAUGUCAAUACACCAUGGAGGAGCUGCACCAGCUAGCAUGGCAGACCCACACCUAUGAAGAAAUUAAAGCGUAUCAAAGCAAGUCCAGGGAAGCACUGUGGCAGCAAUGUGCCAUUCAGAUCACUCACGCCAUCCAAUACGUGGUGGAGUUUGCAAAGCGGAUAACAGGCUUCAUGGAACUCUGUCAGAAUGAUCAAAUCUUACUUCUGAAGUCAGGUUGCUUGGAAGUGGUUUUAGUGAGAAUGUGCCGUGCCUUCAACCCGCUAAACAACACUGUUCUGUUUGAAGGGAAAUAUGGAGGAAUGCAGAUGUUCAAAGCCUUAGGUUCUGAUGACCUAGUGAAUGAAGCAUUUGACUUUGCAAAGAAUUUGUGUUCCUUGCAGCUGACCGAGGAGGAGAUUGCUCUGUUCUCAUCUGCUGUUCUGAUAUCUCCAGACCGAGCCUGGCUGAUAGAACCAAGGAAGGUCCAGAAACUUCAGGAAAAAAUUUAUUUUGCACUUCAACAUGUGAUUCAAAAGAAUCACCUGGAUGAUGAGACGCUGGCAAAGUUAAUAGCCAAGAUACCAACCAUCACGGCAGUUUGCAACUUGCACGGGGAGAAACUGCAGGUAUUUAAGCAAUCUCAUCCAGACAUAGUGAAUACACUGUUCCCUCCAUUAUACAAGGAGCUCUUUAAUCCUGACUGUGCCACCGUCUGCAAAUGAAGGGGACGAGAGAACUGUCUCACAGUCAUGGAAUGUGUCACCGUUAAGACAAAAGCAAUGUGGUUCUUGGAGACUUAAGAAAAACGUCACUACUGCAACAUUAGGAAUGUCCUGCACUUAAUAGAAUUAUUUUUCACCGCUACAGUUUGAAGAAUGUAAAUAUGCACCUGCGUGGGGCGCUUAUCUGUUUGUUUGUUUUUGAAAUGACCAUAAAUAUACAAAUACAGGACACUGGGUGUUACCUUUUUUUUUUUUUUUAAUUUU